AUGAUGUCGUACCUGAAAGUUAUGAUCAUAUGGAACACACUUUGCUUAUCCCUGGUGGUGCUUUCACUGUCCUUCAUUCCAGAAGUGUCUUCUCAAGAUGUAUCGAGCUGUACAGGGAGAUGUGGGGCAGGGUAUUCUAGAGAGCAUGACUGCCAGUGUGAUUUUAACUGUCACCACUACAUGGAGUGCUGCCCUGACUUCAGGAAAGUCUGCAUAGUGGCCGCCUCCUGCGAGGGACGCUGCUUCGAAACCUUCGAGAGGGGAAGGGAGUGCGACUGCGAUGCCGACUGCGAGCGGUACGGAAAAUGCUGCCCAGACUACGCCAAGCACUGUAAAGAGGCACACACAGAAAAGCCAACCCCGGAGACUCCUCCAGAAAACAAAUCAACAUCUAAAAGAUCCUCCACAGAUGAGGAAGAGUCAUCAAAGGAAGCAGUGGAAGAUCCUGAAAUCCAAGUGACCACUCCAGCUCCAACCACAGAACCUGCACAGACAACCCCUGAGGCCACAGAGGAACCAGCGACCGAAGCUGACCUUCCUACUCCGGAUACAACAGAAGAUGUGACCCCCGAUGCCACAGAGGAGCCACUGACUGAAGUGGACCCUACGGAUUUACCCCCAACACAAGACCCAACCCCUGACGCCACCGAGGAACCAGCAACCGACACCGAGCCUCCCACCAGCCCCACGCCUGAAGAGACAACCCCAGAGGAGCCGACAACCCCAACACCAGAGGAGACAACCCCAGAGGAGCCGACAACCCCAACACCAGAGGAGACAACCCCAGAGGAGCCGACAACACCAACACCAGAGGAGACAACCCCAGAGGAGCCGACAACACCAACACCAGAGGAGACAACAACACCAACACCAGAGGAGACAACCCCAGAGGAGCCGACAACCCCAGCACCAGAGGAGACAACAACACCAACACCAGAGGAGACAACCCCAGAGGAGCUGACAACACCAACACCAGAGGAGACAACCCCAGAGGAGCCGACAACACCAACACCAGAGGAGACAACCCCAGAGGAGCCGACAACACCAACACCAGAGGAGACGACCCCAGAGGAGCCAACAACCCCAACACCAGAGGAGCCAACAACACCAACACCAGAAGAGACAACCCCAGAGGAGCUGACAACACCAACACCAGAGGAGACAACCCCAGAGGAGCCGACAACACCAACACCAGAGGAGACGACCCCAGAGGAGCCGACAACCCCAACACCAGAGGAGCCAACAACACCAACACCAGAAGAGACAACCCCAGAGGAGCCAACAACACCAGAGGAGACGACCCCAGAGGAGCCAACAACACCAACACCAGAGGAGACAACCCCACAGGAGCUGACAACACCAACACCAGAGGAGCCAACAACACCAACACCAGAGGAGACAACCCCAGAGGAGCCGACAACACCAACACCAGAGGAGCCAACAACACCAACACCAGAGGAGACGACCCCAACACCAGAGGAGACAACACCACAGGAGCCGACAACACCAACACCAGAGGAGACGACCCCAGAGGAGCCGACAACCCCAACACCAGAGGAGCCAACAACACCAACACCAGAAGAGACAACCCCAGAGGAGCCAACAACACCAGAGGAGACGACUCCAGAGGAGCCAACAACACCAACACCAGAGGAGACGACCCCAGAGGAGCUGACAACACCAACACCAGAGGAGCCAACAACACCAACACCAGAGGAGACAACCCCAGAGGAGCCGACAACACCAACACCAGAGGAGCCGACAACUCCAACACCAGAGGAGACAACCCCAGAGGAGCCGACAACACCAACACCAGAGGAGCCGACAACCCCAACACCAGAGGAGACAACCCCAGAGAAGCCAACAACACCAACACCAGAGGAGACAACCCCAACACCAGAGGAGCCGACAACACCAACACCAGAGGAAACAACACCACAGGAUCUGACAACACCAACACCAGAGGAGACGACCCCAGAGGAGCCAACAACACCAACACCAGAGGAGACGACCCCAGAGGAGCCAACAACACCAACACCAGAGGAGACAACACCACAGGAGCCGACAACACCAACACCAGAGGAGACAACACCACAGGAGCCGACAACACCAACACCAGAGGAGACAACACCACAGGAGCCAACAACACCAACACCAGAGGAACUCACAACCCCAACACCAGAGGAGACGACCCCAGAGGAGCCAACAACACCAACACCAGAGGAGACAACCCCAACACCAGAGGAGCCGACAACACCAACACCAGAGGAAACAACACCACAGGAGCUGUCAACACCAACACCAGAGGAGACAACACCAGAGGAGCCAACAACACCAACACCAGAGGAGACAACACCAGAGGAGCCGACAACACCAACACCAGAGGAGACAACCCCAGAGGAGCCAACAACACCAACACCAGAGGAACUCACAACCCCAACACCAGAGGAGACGACCCCAGAGGAGCCAACAACACCAACACCAGAGGAGACGACCCCAACACCAGAGGAGCCAACAACUCCUCAUCCAGAGGAGCCGACAACCUUGCCUGACUCUCCCACCACCCCGAAACCUGAAGAGACAACCUUGGAGGAGGCAACAACUCCCAAACCUGAAGAGACAACCCCAGAGGAGCUGACAACCCCCACACCAGAGGAGGAGACAACUCCUAAACCAGAGGAGACGACCCCAGAGGAGCCGACAACACCAACACCAGAGGAGACGACCCCAGAGGAGCCAACAACCCCCCCACCAGAAGAGACAACCCCAGAGGAGGUGACAACCCCCACACCAGAGAAGCCAACAACCCUCAAACCCAAAGAGACAACUCCAGAGGAGCUGACAGCCUUGGCUGACUCUCCCACCACCCCGAAACCUGAAGAGACAUCCUCGGAGGAGGCAACAACUCCCAAACCUGAAGAGACAACCGCAGAGGAGCCGACAACCUUGGCAGACUCUCCCACCACCCCUAAACCUGAAGAAACAACCCCAGAGGAGCCAACAAUCCCCAAAAUAGAGGAGACAACCCCAGAGGAGCCAACAACCAAGGCAGACUCUCCUACCACCCCCAAACCCAAAGAAACAACCCCAGAAGAGCCAACAACCAAGGCAGACUCUCUUACCACCACCCCCAAAGCUGAAGAGACAACCCCAGAAGAACCUACAACCAGGGCAGACUCUCCCACUACCCCUAAACCUGAAGCAACAACCCCAGAAGAAAGUAUAACCAAGGCAGACUCUCCCACCACCCCUAAAGCAGAGGAUGCUGACUCUCCAACCAUCCCUGCAGCCCCUGAGGCCAGUACCACUACCAGUAAAGCCACAGCUUCUCCAGGCAGUGCUGCACCCACAACUGUUGGGAAGGACUCCCCCACACUUGGGGCAGGCACGAUGCUUUCAGAUACCACAACAGAGAACAAGGAGACAACAACACCAAAGAAAGACAGAACUACUCUGCUUAAAGACCUUUUCACAGCUGCAACUGGGAAAGACACAGUUACUGUAGCUAUGGUGACAACAGCUAAACCAGGUGAUUCUCCUAAAGGUAUGGAUGACAUUCCAAACACAGUCCCUACAGCCAAGGAACCUGUCACUGCAGCAGCUGAAACAACUUCUACAGACACCAAGACUGCAACAACAGCAGCUUCAGCUCCCUUGCCCAAUCCCACUAUGCUGAUAACAACCAUCAAAGAAGAUUCAACUCCUCAGCCUGGUGAGGCUGUAACACCAAAUGAAAAAGGGACAACUACAGACACCGAGCAGGCUGGCCCAGCAGCAGACAAAGAGAGCCCAGGUGCUACUUGUGUUAUUGUGGAGAUGACAACGGCUGGUAAAAAAGAGGUAACAACCAUUAAAGAAAUGGGCACCACACCUGAAAAAGAAAUGGAAGAUGUCACUGAAAAGGCCCCUGGUAUUGCCAAAGAAGAGGUAACUACAGUUACCAAAGAAACCACAACAAGGGAUAAAAAGGACACAAUAGAAGAAAUGUAUCUUGUGUCUAAUGGGACAUCCAAGCCAACAAUACAUUUCCAGGAGAUCACUGAGGCCAUAGAAGAGCCUCACCCAACUGAACCUGAAACUCUGCCAGCGAAAGAAGAGCCUGAGAUAAACAAGCCUUUAAUACAAGCUGGGGACCUGCCAAUGUUCCCUGGAGAAACACAAGAGAAGAACGACGAGAAGGACCUGUGCAGCGGCAAGCCAGCGGACGGCAUGGUGGCCCUGCCCAAUGGCACCCUGGCCGUCUUCCGAGGUCACUAUUACUGGCUGCUGAACGGCCGGACCCCACCGACCACCAACCCCCGCCGGAUCACCGACGGCUGGGGCAUCCCCUCGCCCAUCGACUCCGUCUUCUCCAGGUGCAACUGCGAUGGGAAAAUCUUCUUCAUCAAGGGUCCCCUGUACUGGCGCUUCACUAAUGGUGUUAUGGAUAAUGGCUAUCCCAAACCUCUUGCAACUGGAUUUGCAGGGUUAAGCGGGAGAAUAGUAGCAACCCUCCCUGUGGCAAGAUACAACAACAGACCAGAAUCUGUUUAUUUUAUCAAAAGAGAUGGUAACAUGCAGCAGUACGUGUACAAACAAGAACCAGCCAAGAAGUGUCAAAGGAGAGCCCGGGUCACCAUCAGAUACCCAGCCUUUGUCCCCAGAGUUGUCAUCCGGCGACGCUUCCAGCGUGCUGUGCGAAUGCCGACCGUCAUCCGCACCGUCAGGAUCAACUCCUACCCCUCUGGAGUUCUGCGCAAGGAAGUCCAAAUGACAACGUACUGGAGAGGGCUCCCCAAAGUUGUCCACUCAACUCUCUCCGUGCCCAACCAGAACAAGCCUGAUGGCUACGACUACUACGCCUUCUCUUACAAUCGGUACUACAGUUUGGAUAUUGGCAAAAGAAUAGCACGGCCUGUUACUGCUCUCACAGGAAAGACUGUAUCCAAAGACUGGUACAACUGUCCCAGCAAGUGAGGCACAGCAGAG